AAACCUCAGGUCCUCAUCCACCCACAUUAGUUUCUUCUUCCUCCUGCCCAGCCCACACUUUCUUUCAUUUUCUUUCCCAAGAAAAUGGAAUUGAAGAGAUGCUGUGGCGGCUUUUUACACUCCAGCAAACCCUACUUGGCCAUGAUCUCCCUGCAGUUUGGAUAUGCAGGGAUGAAUAUUAUCACUAAGGUUUCUCUCAACCAUGGGAUGAGCCACUAUGUUCUGGUGGUUUACAGGCAUGCCUUUGCCACUGCCGUGAUUGCGCCUUUUGCUAUCUUCCUUGAGAGGAAGGCGCAACCAAAGAUAACAUUCCGCGUUUUCAUGCAAAUAUUUGUUUUGGCUCUUCUUGGGCCUGUGAUCGACCAGAACUUUUAUUAUGCUGGUUUGAAGCUGACUUCCCCGACCUUCUCAUGCGCAAUGAGCAACAUGCUUCCGGCCAUGACAUUCGUCAUGGCGGUCAUAUUCCGAAUGGAGAAAAUAGACAUGAAGAGAGUAAGGUGCCAAGCAAAGGUUGUUGGGACUACUGUGACAGUGGCUGGGGCAAUGGUGAUGACCUUGUACAAGGGACCCAUCAUGGAGAUGGUGUGGACUAAGCACAUCCAUACUCCCAAAUCGGUGGGUUCGGGCACCACUUCUACCGACAAAGACUGGUUCAUGGGGUCAAUCUUCGUCAUCAUUGCAACACUUGCCUGGGCUUCUUUGUUCGUUUUACAGGCGCAAGCAUUGAAGACAUACAAGCACCAUCAGCUCUCUCUCACUACCCUUAUUUGCUUUAUUGGCACUCUACAAGCCAUUGCUGUCACCUUUGUUAUGGAACAUAAAACCUCUGUUUGGACAAUUGGCUGGGACAUGAAUCUCCUUGCAGCUGCCUAUGCGGGUAUUGUGACAUCAAGUAUUUCAUACUAUGUCCAAGGAUUGGUGAUAAAGUCAAGAGGCCCUGUGUUUGCUACUGCUUUUAGCCCUUUGAUGAUGAUCAUUGUAGCCAUCAUGGGCUCCUUCAUCCUCGCAGAAAAGAUAUUCCUUGGAGGUGUUCUUGGGGCCAUCUUGAUUGUUGCUGGCCUUUACUCAGUUCUAUGGGGAAAGUACAAGGAGAACUUGGAGAAGAAGCAGGAGGAGGAGAUACCCGAAGCCAUAAAAGGCGCUCAGGGCAACAGCAAUGGGCUGUCUAUAAUCGAAGACAUCCAAACAAAUGAUAUUGAAAUGCAGAAAGCAGAAGCUAAGAAGCUCUCUUCUGUCGCCAUUAGCAUGCCAAUUCCAGAACCUCCUAUGAAGGCAGACCAAGACCCAAAAGCCUAAUCACAGUGGAAGCUUUUUUGUCUUUCCAUCUUUUCUUUUUUUUUUUUUUCCCUUUUUCUUUUCUGAAUUAUGAAAGAGUUAUGGGGCUUUGCUGUGCUAUAUGCAUGUAAGUUAAUAUACUAAAAGGCUUUGACCGUGGAAUUAAAAUGAAUCCCAGAAUCUCUUUUCUCAA